CACACACAUCCACAUAUCCAAGCAACCCCCCAAAACCUCAUUGAUAUACCACCACCAUGCGUCUCACUCUGAUUCCACUUUUCGUUGCCGCCCGUACGCUUGGUGCAUGGGGCGUGGAACAAGAUAUCGGGAGAAUAUUUGGCAACACAGACGAUAUGAAUUUGGCGAAAGAUGGAUUGUUCUAUGUAUCUCAACCGACUCGGACUGUUCCACUCUAAAUAUGGACAGUACAAGUACGCUCUCAUUCUUUAAUUUCUACAUACGAAUCACCAAAGUUUUUCAAGUGCACCGUUUCCGUCCCGUUCGAUCAAGUUUGAAAGAGAAGUUGGCUUCUGUUACAAGUAGGUGAGAUCGAUCUCCGCGGGUCAGAACACCCGCGAGUGCUUCCUUCUGUUUUCCUUUCGUUGUCCCACCAGCUCCUUCCUCGCGUCGCUAAACGUCACUACGCCAAGACUUCCUAUACGAGUACUCAACCAUAACACCUCUCCACUGACACAUCUCAACUCUCUACCUUUCCACCCUCCCUUCUUCCCACUCAUCCUCCUUGUCGAUCCCCGUCGAUCUCGGGCUCUCCUCUCCUGCACCACGUCUGUCUGACACCCAACAUACACCCGUAGAGAAGACUCUCUCCAACUUCAAGGCAAAAUGGACUCUACAAACCAACGCAGAAAGCCAACACCAUGGCGUCCUCCAAGGAACCCCUUUCCCGUCUUUCGGCCGUACGUCUCUCAAUUGGAAGGCAUGCGACAGCGCCAUAAUCAGGAAGAUAAUAAAGCCAAGUCCAACCGCACUUUCUGGCUGACCUGGCAUAACAUUGAAACCAAAGCGGCCAAAGACUUCGCCAACGAAGAAUGGGACACUCAACAAUACGAGGCCGAGCUAGCGCUUUUCAAAAAGCUUUGUAAGUGUUUGCUCGCUUUCUUUGCGUCCCCAUCAGUUGCGAAAUGGGCUAACGAGCACUUCUGUGUUUCAGGGCCUGGCGAGUUCUUUCCCGGACAGUGCCCAAAUCAGUAUUACGUCAGUCAUCUCAACCAUAUCGAACAAAAGGCUCACGCAGCUGGAAUUCCGCGAGCGGUGUUUAACCAUAUUUGCGAUCACGUUGCGCGUUCUCGAUUUGAGGAUCCUGAACCCGACACAGAUAUCAAGCAGUACAACUGCGAGAAAGCCCUAUGGAACCACUUCUGUAAGCUUGAACCCAUUGAUCCCGUCGACGUUGCUCAUCUUUCAAUCGCAGGGACCAAGGAGGAGUUUCCGGGUAUUUCACCUUACCCAAAUCGCAUCAACCGAGCCCCCGUUGUAUCCAACGCCCCAGGUGCAACUUCUCUUGACUACUACACCUACUCUAUUGGUUUGGUGGAACAUCAACAACUCCAAAAAGAAGCACAAGCAAAACCAGUCUCGUCCGAUGUACCUGGCACACGUCAAAAGAACGCUUUGCCUAUCAAAAAAGAAAAGUUCGUUACCGAAAAUUUCACAAUGGAAGAUUUGUCUACAAUUCUCAAAGCACCCACACAGGGACCAGUUGCUAGCUUCUCACCAAAUCCCUUCCGAAAUCCUGUUGUUCCCACGCAGACUUUGACUAGUAAGUUGCCUCUUUUCCAAUCGCGGUCUUGUGGCACAUCAAGCAUUUCAAUGUGGGAAAUGGAGUCAAAUAAUUAUUGUGCACAAUAAUCAUAACAUGUUACAUGCAAUAUUUCGGCUAAUAUCUUUCGGCAGAUGUACCCAAACCAAACACAAGGGGAUCUUCGACAAGAACUGCGGCAUCAUCAUCGAAGGCGCCACAGACUCCAACCCAAGCCUUUGCAACAGGCUCCAAUGCGUCAUCGGGCAAGCCUACCCUUGAUGCUCCGUACGUAUCAAAAGUGUUGGAUGAUCAAGUUCCUCUUACCACAGACGACCAUGCUUCCGCUCUCCCCCCAGCACCCCAUGUCGCUGUGGUUGAUUCGUUGUUUGGACAUAUUAGCAAAGAUAUGAAUCUAAUGGUCGCUCUAUCUAAGGCCCUCGGCUGCAACAUUUAUUCUGACAGAGUCCCAGGAAGCACUAAUCUGACCUGGAUCUUUGUUGAAGCAUGGCCUGAGUGGCCCGGUUGCGAGACUGAUGUACGAGUUCUUGAACGAGCUCAUUCCAUUGUGGAGGAAUGGUGCAAAUUGAGCGUCGAGGAGUUCUGGAAAGAAGUUACAAGUACGGAGUCUAUCGAUGAUGGUGAUCAGGAUGGUAUGAGAAAGAGGAGACGAGUUGCAUAAUGGAUUUCAUGUGGAUAUAAUCGAUGGAAGCUGGAAAAUCAUGUAUUGCAUUUCUUCAUCGCUUGGGGCUCGGGCCUUCUGUUCUACUGGAAUAAGGCAGUAUGGGAAUUAUGGGAUUUCAUGAAAGGGUACUUUACCGAUGAAGUGUCGCUUUUUAGCUUAGCUUUGCUCUCUGUAAUCGGUCAAAAUG